GUGGCGGCAUCCACGCAGGCCGCGGUGGCGCUGUCAUCAGGCGAGGCCGAGUUUAAUUCGUCACUGCGGACGUCCUGCCGCGCCUUGGGCUGCGUGGCGCUGGCCCGCGACAUGGGCGCGCAGCUGGCCGCUCGCAUGGGCGCCGACUCGAGCGCGGCCACAGCAUUGGCUUCGCGCCGCGGGGCUGGAGGGGCGCGCCACGUAGCUACUCCAGCUCUGUGGCUCCAGGACGCCGUGGAGGCCAAGCGGCUGGACCUGCGGAAGGUUCCCGGCAAGGCUAACCCGGCUGAUUUGGGCACGAAGGUGCUGAGCGGGGAGGGCGCCCGACGGUUCUUGAACGCCUUGGGCUUCAGGGUGGUGACGGCCGUCACGGACGAGCACUUGAGG